GAUACAACCUUUUCCUUGAUUAGAAGCGUUCGAACCUCGUAUAUAUGAAUAACUAAUACAUUUAAAUUAGUUGGAAUUAAUAAUUCACCAUUAACUUUUGGAAUACUUUGUGAGAAAAGCAGUUUAAGAAGAAAUAUAUUCUGGAGUGGAUGGGCAUUGCAAUUCCACAAAAACAUAGUAAUUCGGCUAAAAACAGAGUUUUCAAGAUGGCCACAUCACUUUUUCCUGAGACUGGUGAAACGGCACAUAAGCAAGCGAAGGAGGAGCAUUCAAUAGUAGAUGACUUUAUGUAUGGUUCCAAUGUCGCCACAUCUCACGUUUACGUUCGUAUGGGAUUUUUGCGGAAGGUGUAUGGAAUUCUUACUACCCAGCUCGUGUUGACAACUAUCGUCGGAGCGCUGUUUAUGACAGUUGACCCAAUCAAAGGAUUUGUCAGAGAAAAUAACUGGUUGAUGGGUAUUGCUGCAUUUGGAAGUCUAGGCCUUAUAUUUGCUUUGAUGUGGAAGCGACAUGAGACACCAACAAACUUCUAUCUAUUGGCAGCAUUUACUGUAGUUGAGGCCUACACAGUGGGUGUCAUCGUGACAUUCUAUGAUGUACAGGUUGUGAUCGAAGCAUUUGCUCUUACAACUGGUGUAACAGUGGCUUUGACUAUUUACACUCUACAAAGCAAAAGAGAUUUUAGCUCUAUUGGAGCAGGAUUGUUUGCUUGCCUCUGGAUUCUUAUCCUGUCAGGAUUCUUGCAGUUCUUCUUCAUGAGCCCAUUCUUGGACCGUGCGAUAGCUUUCGGUGGUGCUUUGGUAUUCUCUCUCUUCAUAAUCUUCGACACACACAUGCUGAUGCAUAAAUUAUCCCCAGAGGAAUAUAUUCUCGCUUCGAUCAAUCUAUAUUUGGAUAUUAUUAACCUGUUCCUAUACAUCCUGAGGAUCUUGGGAGAAGCAAGGAAAUAAAACAUUCCAAGGUGCCUUGGUGGAGUGAGAAGCGAGAUUGGAAAAUUUAAGUAUAUACACAGACAGUGUGUUAGUUGAAAAUGUUCGUGAAUCUUGUCCUGAUUGUCUAGAACAUUUUAAUAUUAGUUUUUGAAAAGCUCAAAAUAUAAAAUGAACUAAGUUAGUUUAAUUUUGAUAAAUAUUUAAUUUGUAUAUUUCACACAGGGGUAUAGUCAUCACAUGGCCACUCAGGCUAUGGGACGCUUGAUUAAUAAUAAUAAAAUUGUUUCAUCUUUGCGCUAAAAUUAGAAUGCUAAAACCUUGCCCCUUAAAUUGUGUAUGGUAUCUUUGUCUUUAAAACGAAGCUGAAUUUGUUUUCUUUUUCAAAAAUUGAUGUAACACUAAAAGAAGAUCACAUGAUGAACUGUUCUUUCAUGUUUGAGCAUCAAACUCUAAAAUAUAUAUUCCAGUGAUGGAUAAUGGU